CUGAUCCUGGCCCCCGCGCAGAGCCGCGCCGAGCCGAGAGAGGGAGAGAGAGGGGGGCUGAUUGGAGCCGCGCCCAUUUGAGCCGGGAGCUACGAAUCGCCUCGGCAACCUCGCGAUCGCGCGUUCGUUUCCGGCGGGCCUCCGGACGGCGGCAGUAGUCACUUUGUUAUGAGAGAAAGUAGAAGCAUCUGUUGUCUAUGAAGUCGUUCAAAUCAUGGAGACUUCUCUUGAGGAAAAAGAAUGCAUCCUUUGAUGGGGGAAAAUGCGGGAUCAAGAUGAAACAGCUACCGUUUAUGGGGAUCAUCUGUGUAGUGAUGUUGUUUAUUGUAUAUAGAACGACCAAAUAUCAAUACCGUCAGACGGAGAUGGAAAUUAAUUUACACCCUUUUGACACGCUAAAGGAUUCUCGGGGUCUUUCGCGGAGACUAGGCAGUCUUCCGCACGGCAUCAUACAAGCGAGAUCAGAUUUGGAGUUGAGACCGUUAUGGUCAACAAGUAGUUCAAGGUCAAAGGUUGAUGUCUCUAGCAAUGAGGUUGAUAGUCGCAGCUACCGUAACUUACUGGCAAUGCCUGUUGGGAUCAAGCAAAAGCAUAAUGUCAAUGCUAUUGUCCAAAAGUUUCUUCCAGACAAUUUCACGGUCAUGCUAUUCCAUUAUGAUGGCAAAGUUGAUGAUUGGGGAGAUCUUGGCUGGAGUAGCAAAGCCAUUCAUGUAGUUGCUCGAAACCAAACGAAAUGGUGGUUUGCAAAGCGUUUUCUACAUCCCAGCGUUGUUUCAGUAUACGAUUACAUAUUUCUCUGGGAUGAAGAUUUGGGUGUGGAGAACUUCCAUCCAGGGAGAUACCUGAAAAUAGUGAAAUCAGAAGGCUUGGAGAUAUCUCAGCCUGCUCUACAUCCAAACUCGACAGAUAUACAUCACAGGAUAACAAUUCGUUCAAGAACAAAGAAGCUUCAUAGGAGGAUAUAUGAUGCAAGAGGCAGCACAAAGUGCACAAAUGCCAGUUGGGGGCCGCCCUGCACCGGAUUUGUAGAGGGAAUGGCUCCAGUUUUUUCAAGAUCUGCUUGGUUUUGUACUUGGCAUCUUUUGCAGAAUGAUCUAGUCCACGGAUGGGGGAUGGAUAUGAAACUCGGGUAUUGUGCACAGGGAGACCGUACGAAGAAGGUAGGAGUCAUCGACAGCGAGUAUAUAUUUCAUAAGGGUAUACAAACUUUAGGUGGAGGUGGUCCUGGAAAAAAGGGUUCAAAUUCAGAAGAGUUAACAAAGAGACACAGCGCUUCAUCAGUUGACAUGCGAGCAGAGAUUCGGAGACAAUCGACAUGGGAGCUUCAAGUCUUUAAAGAGCGGUGGAAUAAAGCCGUGGAGAUGGACAAGGAUUGGAUCGACCCGUUUCCUAAAGACACAUUUAUAAGAGAUGAAAAGCGUCGAAAGCAUAGGCGGCAUCAUCAAUGAAUGCCAAACCCAAUGGCCCUGGGGAGCAGCUUGGCAAUGUUAGGUUCGUCUCGGCCACACUCGCGAUUCUGGUCUCAUCUAUACUUGUAACUUCUUCUUUAGUUCUUGUAGCAUGCCAUUUGAUGUCGGCAAUUAAAUUCAUUGUUUCUCAACUUGCUCGGUUUUGGUCUUCGGCCAUGUGAAAAUUUUGCCCUUCACAUAUCUCUCUAGCCCAGCAUAAUCCCCCAGGUGUAGCACAUCUCAAUUUUAUUGGGUAUACCAUAUGAUCAUUGAAGCAAAUUAGAGUUGUGAUUAGAGAGAGCACUCUUGUUCUGCAUGAUCCAAAGAUCAAAUGGCUAUACAGAACUCCACUACUUUACAUUGGUUAUGCCUCGAUUGUUCUCUGA